GAGCGAGAGAGAGAGAGAGAGAGCGAGCGAGCGAGAGAGAACGAGAGCCGGAGCAGCCAAGCCACCCGCCGGGCAGUUCAGCUCUGCCAACCGCGGGCGCGCUCCUUUGCCCCCCCACCCCGCUCCCUGAGCUCCAGGUGACGGAGGAGAGAGACGCUGCGACCCAGGAAACAGGGGCGCGGAGCCUUCCAGCCACCCUCGCGCCCCGAAAUCCCUCCCCCUUUUUUCUUCAACCGAGUCCCCCUUUUAUCUUUCAGUAUUUAUUUUUUGGGAAAAAAAAUCCUGCUUCUUUGGGCGAAGUCACCUUUUAAAAAGUUUAUUUUUUAAAACUUAUUUGAUCACCUGUCCCAGCCAGCAUUCCCAUAGCUCUCCCCGCCAACUGGAGACAAAUCGUUAGACACCUUCCGCCCCAUACUCCUCCUGCGAGCACCUGCGAAGCUUCGGAGCCCCCACUUUCCCGCCCGCCCUCCGUCUCCGUGCGGUUUCGGCCGGGCCACAGGGCGCGACGCUCGGGGCCAUGGAGGUGACGGCCGACCAGCCGCGCUGGGUGAGCCACCACCACCCCGCGGUGCUCAACGGGCAGCACCCGGACACGCACCACCCGGGGCUCGGCCAUUCCUACAUGGACGCGGCGCAGUACCCGCUGCCGGAGGAGGUGGACGUGCUCUUCAACAUCGACGGUCAAGGCAACCACGUCCCGUCCUACUACGGCAACUCGGUGAGGGCCACUGUGCAGAGGUACCCGCCGACCCACCACGGGAGCCAGGUGUGUCGCCCACCUCUGCUGCAUGGAUCCCUGCCCUGGCUGGAUGGAGGCAAGGCGCUGGGCAGCCACCACACCGCCUCACCCUGGAAUGCCCUCAGCCCUUUCUCCAAAACGUCCAUCCACCACAGCUCCCCGGGGCCCCUGUCCGUCUAUCCACCGGCCUCCUCGUCCUCACUGUCUGCUGGUCACUCUAGCCCGCACCUCUUCACUUUCCCGCCCACCCCACCCAAGGAUGUGUCCCCGGACCCAUCACUGUCCACACCGGGCUCAGGUGGCUCUGGCCGCCAGGAUGAGAAGGAGUGUGUCAAGUACCAGGUGCCGUUGCCUGACGGCAUGAAGCUGGAGUCCCCACACGCGCGUGGGGGAAUGGCUGCCCUGGGCAGCGCUGCAUCUUCAGCCCACCACCCCAUCACCACCUACCCACCCUAUGUCCCUGAGUACAGCUCCGGACUCUUCCCCCCCAGCAGCCUGCUGGGGGGCUCCCCAACGGGCUUUGGUUGCAAGUCCAGGCCCAAGGCCAGAUCCAGCACAGAAGGCAGGGAGUGUGUUAACUGUGGGGCUACCUCCACCCCGCUGUGGCGGAGAGAUGGGACUGGCCACUACCUGUGCAACGCCUGUGGCCUCUACCACAAGAUGAAUGGGCAAAACCGACCUCUCAUCAAGCCCAAGAGGAGACUGUCGGCAGCCAGAAGGGCCGGCACGUCCUGUGCAAACUGUCAAACCACCACCACCACUCUCUGGAGAAGAAACGCCAAUGGAGACCCUGUGUGCAAUGCCUGUGGACUGUACUACAAGCUCCACAAUAUUAACAGACCCCUGACUAUGAAGAAGGAGGGCAUCCAGACCCGAAACCGGAAGAUGUCUAGCAAAUCCAAAAAGUGCAAAAAGGUGCAUGACUCACUGGAGGACUUCCCCAAGAGCACCUCCUUCAACCCGGCUGCCCUGUCCAGACACAUGUCCUCCCUCAGCCACAUUUCCCCCUUCAGCCACUCCAGCCACAUGCUGACCACGCCUACGCCCAUGCACCCACCAUCCAGCCUGUCCUUUGGACCCCACCACCCCUCCAGCAUGGUGACAGCCAUGGGGUAGCGCCCCCGCCUGUUCCCUCGCUCGCUCGCUGCUGCAAGGCCUCCAGGCCAAGGCCCCUCCAGUCCCUCCCACAUGCAUUUUUGCAGGAGCAGAAUCAUGAAGCCGACCCCCGAUGAUGGAGACAGUGGCCACCCUCGUACCCACGCCCCCCCCCACGACUGCCACCAGCCCCUGGACGGAUGGCAUUUGGCACCUUGGCCACUUGUGUAGAGGAGCACCUUCUGGUGUCUGUGUGCUCCUUUGAAUCACCGAAUCCGGAUCCCAUUUGUGAAUAAGCCAUGCAGACUCAUCCUCCUGACCGAACAGGGUCUCUCUUUCUCUUUCUCCCUUUAUUUCUUGCUCUUUCUUGUGCUGUGAACAAGAAAAACACCCCAACCCGACAUGCUGAACACUGCAUCUAACUUAAACCAUUGAAAGAAAGACUGUGCAUCUUGAAAGACUUUCUUGUGUCUGGGGGGGGGGGGGGAAGCCGUGUCCACAAAGGCACAAAGGACGCCAAAGCUUUUUUCCCCCCUUUCUUGAGAUCUGGGGGUUGAGACAAAGGGGGUUGGGGGCAUUGAUUUCUGAAGAAACGAGGUCUGAUCAUCCAAAUGGACAUACACUGCCAGUUCCCUGGUUUUCUUGCUGCUGGCUGCAGUGAUUGGAUGCAUUAAAAACAAAAAACAAAAAAACAAAAAGACAAAAAAAAGAAAAAAGCGAGCAAAACAAAACAAAAAAAGUAAAAAAAAUGUAAAAAAAACCUCACAAAAAACAAAACAGAUAAAAAAAACAACCACAAGCAAACCCCAAACAAACAAGCCAAAAGUCCAGUGAGCAAAUCAUUUGUCCCUAGUGUGGGCCUCUGCUUAGGGGAUUCUAUUCGUUUCAGAGCCUCAUGCUCAGAUAGUUCCAUUCUGGGCCUGCUGGCUUUGGGAACCAAGUCCCUGUAAUUGUUGUUUGUAUGUAUAAUUCAAAACACCCAAAACAAGAGGAGAUGUAGAUUUAUUUCAUCCUAUUAUACAGAUGGAAUGGCUGUACAAAUUUAUUUACUGCUAGUGUUAAGAACUGCUUCUCUGGUUUUCAUUUUGUUUUAAUAUUUCUUUCUUCUCUCACUUUUUUUUUUUGUUGUUGAAUAAAACUAGCUGACAUUCAUUUGACCUAAGGUGGUUGUGCUGUGGAGGGCUUCUUCUUUUUUUUUUUUUUCCUUCCCAUUUUGUUUCUAUUAUAUUUUUAUUAUUAUUUUUUGUGGGGGGGAUGAUAUUUAUUAUUACAUAGCUUCUAAGGGAGCAGCAGCAUCUGUGUUUUCACUCCCCAGCAGCCUGUGCUACAAGGUAGCAGAGGAUGGGGCUCCCCCACCCCUGCAUGUCAGCCUGGGGCCAGCCAGAUGGGGUGGGGCCCCCUCAGAGCAGCUUGGCUGCUGGAUCCUGUUGUGUUGUAUAUUCAUGAUCACUGCCUUGAAUACAGUCUGUUGGAUUGAUAAGAUAAAAAUAACAAUAAAGUGAAACCUUUGAAAACAACCAAA